CAGAGUGUCAACAUGCAAGAUGGCAGCUCAUCACAGGCAGAACACGGCCGGGCGCAGGAAAGUUCAGGUCUCUUAUGUGAUUAGAGAUGAGGUGGAGAAGUAUAACCGCAAUGGCGUGAAUGCGCUGCAGCUUGAUCCUGCGCUAAACAGGCUCUUCACGGCCGGCCGGGACUCCAUCAUCCGGAUAUGGAGCGUCAAUCAACACAAGCAAGACCCGUAUAUCGCGUCUAUGGAGCAUCACACGGACUGGGUGAACGACAUCGUCCUCUGCUGCAACGGUAAAACCUUAAUAUCUGCGUCUUCUGACACAACUGUUAAAGUAUGGAACGCGCACAAAGGGUUUUGCAUGUCCACCUUAAGAACACACAAGGAUUAUGUGAAAGCGUUAGCCUAUGCAAAGGAUAAAGAGCUUGUAGCAUCCGCGGGGCUGGACAGGCAGAUCUUCCUGUGGGAUGUGAACACCCUGACCGCACUGACUGCUUCCAACAACACGGUGACCACUUCCUCUCUGAGUGGGAACAAAGAUUCCAUCUACAGUCUUGCCAUGAAUCAAAUGGGGACAGUAAUUGUGUCUGGCUCAACAGAAAAGGUUUUAAGAGUCUGGGAUCCAAGGACUUGCGCGAAACUGAUGAAACUCAAAGGCCACACCGACAACGUGAAAGCUCUGCUUUUAAACAGGGACGGCACUCAGUGUCUUUCAGGCAGCUCCGACGGGACAAUCCGUCUGUGGUCUCUGGGCCAGCAGAGGUGUAUCGCGACCUACAGAGUGCAUGAUGAAGGUGUUUGGGCUCUACAGGUCAACGAGGGCUUUACUCACGUCUACUCGGGAGGAAGAGACAGGAAAAUAUAUUGUACGGACCUGAGGAAUCCUGACAUUCGAUUGCUCAUCUGUGAAGAAAAAGCACCAGUUCUAAAAAUGGAGCUUGACCGGUCUGUGGAUCCUCCUUUGGCUUUGUGGGUUUCAACAACAAAAUCUUCUGUGAAUAAAUGGCCUAUCAAAGGUAUUCUGAACUAUCGCACAUCUGGAGACUAUGAAAAUGACUGCAGCACACCGAUGAGUCCCCUCUGCUCACAGCCAGACCAAGUCAUCAAAGGGGGCGCCAGCAUUAUCCAGUGCAGCAUACUCAAUGACAAGCGCCACAUCCUUACCAAAGACACGAACAAUAAUGUUGCUUACUGGGACGUUCUGAAGGCGUGCAAAGUUGAAGAUCUGGGCAAAGUAGAUUUUGACGAAGAAAUUAAGAAAAGGUUUAAGAUGGUUUAUGUUCCAAACUGGUUUUCUGUAGACCUCAAGACUGGGAUGCUGACUAUUACUUUGGACGAAAGUGACUGCUUUGCAGCGUGGGUGUCCGCGAAGGACGCCGGCUUUAGCAGCCCCGAUGGAUCCGAUCCAAAAUUGAACCUCGGGGGUCUUUUACUGCAAGCGUUGCUUGAGUUUUGGCCAAGAACACACGUUAAUCCUAUGGAAGAAGAGGAGAACGAAGUAAAUCACGCCGUGGCCAAUGGAGAAACUGAAACCAGGAUACAGAAAGGCAAUGGCUAUUUCCAAGUGCCGCCGCACACACCGGUCAUUUUUGGGGAAGCCGGGGGCCGCACGCUGUUCAGGUUGCUGUGCAGAGAUUCGGGGGGGGAGACCGAGUCGAUGCUCCUCAAUGAAACCGUACCGCAGUGGGUGAUAGACAUCACGGUGGAUAAAAAUAUGCCGAAAUUCAACAAAAUUCCAUUCUACCUCCAACCGCAUUCGUCAUCCGGUGCAAAAACUCUAAAAAAGGACCGGCUGUCGGCGAGCGACAUGCUGCAAGUCAGGAAGGUGAUGGAACACGUGUAUGAAAAAAUUAUCAAUGUGGACACCGAAUCUCAAACAACCAGUUCCUCCAAUAACGAAAAGCCAGGGGAACAAGAAAAAGAGGAAGAUAUCGCUGUGUUGGCGGAAGAGAGGAUUGAGCUGUUAUGUCAGGACCAGAUUCUGGACCCCAACAUGGACCUUCGAACAGUAAAACACUUCAUUUGGAAGAGCGGCGGAGAUCUCACGCUCCAUUACCGUCAGAAGUCGACGUGAAGCCGUCGGGGAAGUGGCGUUACUGCUGCGGCGUAACAGAAUAGUACUGUAUAGAUACCUGCUGAACUCUUACGUGAAGAGACUUGUUCGUCGAGCCAGUAUGGACCUCCACGUGUAUGUCUAUCCACGCUUACUGUAAUCGAUUAACACAAUAGCCCUGGCUUCGGUCACGUCGGCGUGCGUAUGGAAUGACGAAAAUGAAGCCUGUUGGGGGGUUUUUGUGUGUAAUGUACAGAGUCCUAGAUAAACAAGCACUGUCUGAUGCUUCCGUCACUACGCUCUUCUAUUACCUACGGAACGUUUUCCAUCUUUUUAUGAUUCAAUUGGUUUGGCCUUAAAACUUCAGCGUUUUUCAUUGGCCGACCUACACCCCCACCCCACCCCCAUCCAUGUGCGAGUACAUUCCAUUCUCCUAGGACA